CACACACACACACACACACACACACACGCACGCACACACAGGCAUAGAGAGAGGUGCUGCAUGACAGUAAGCGCUACAGUAAAGCUGCUCUCAGUGCUGGUCACUUCUCAUGCAGCGCGCGUCUGCGGAGAGUACACCACCGGGCUCCCUGCGUCUUCCACACUCUCUGUGCUCGAGGAGGAUUUUUUUUUUUUAAAAACAACAAAAAAAACAAAACAACACGCAGAGCCGAAAGUGUGGACACAUUAUCUCUCGCUCUUUUGUUUUGUGGACAAUCACUGCGGGAGGGAGUCUGGUGGGGGAAUCGAAUAUCUUGAUCGGAAACUCGGCGCAUCCGCCUGCUAUCUCGCUGUGAGGCGGCAUCAGGAAACUGAAGAGGGCAGACAACGUGUUGUGAAUACAGAAGAGAGCAACUAUUGACACCUACAGCCCACCAGUCUGCUGCGCGCCUGGACAAAGCUAAAAGGACAUCGGCGAGAAGGAUUCAGCGUUAUAUCGGUCUAUCACUUCAGGCUGUGUCUCAUCCACUAUCUAUAGAGGUUUAUUUACUAAGUAUCUUAUCUUUUUUUUUUUUUUUUUUUUGCUCCAUCCCGGAGGUGAAAACUGGCUGCCUGCCAUCGGUUCUGCUCGAAGCGCACAGAAAACCAAUAGAUCUGACAAAAAAAAAAAAAAAAAACGAAACAGGCGAGAUCCAUUUGUGGCUCUGACAUGCUGUAAGUUGUUUUACCUGGACUGGACCUAUAUUAUGGCUUCGCUGUAUCAGAGAUUCACUGGGAAGAUCAAUACGACCAAUUCCUUCCCGCACCCACCUGAGGCCAGCCAUCUCCUCGGUGGACAGGUUGCAGACGAGGAAAACGCAGCGAAGACCACUCAGCAACUCGUCGAUGGCAGACCCCACGUCCAGUACCGCAAAAAAUGCUUGCGGGAGGAUGAGGAUGACCUUGUGGGCAGCGCUCCGCCUCAGAGGAACUGGAAGGGAAUAGCCAUCGCCCUGCUGGUCAUCCUGAUCAUCUGUUCCCUGAUUGUCACCUCCGUCAUCCUGCUGACUCCUCGUGAAGAUGACAGCCUUGCCCUUAAGAAGAAAGUGACUAUAGAGGAUGUCUUUGGUCCAAGCCUUCACAUCCAUGACCCACAUGCCAAAUGGCUCAGCGACAAUGAGCUCCUGUAUCAUACAAGGAAAGGGGAUGUUGUUAAGCUUAAUGCUGACACGAAGGACAGUGUGGUUAUCGUGCCGAACCAGUUGUUUGACAGAUCCAGAGCCGCCAUGUACCAAGUAUCUCCAGACAUGGAACAUGUGUUGUUUGCCUUUGAAGUAAAACCGAUCUAUCAACACUCCUAUGUGGCCAAGUACAUUAUUUACAGCCUCACCACACAGGAGACCUGGCCUCUGAACCCUCCUGAGGUGCAUGAAGCUGCCCUGCAGUUUGCUGGAUGGGGACCCCGAGGCCAGCAGCUGAUCUUCAUAUUUGAAAACAACAUCUACUACAAAACAACGAUAGAGAGCCGAGCGAUCCGCCUGGUUUCCACUGGCCAAGAGGGAGUUGUCUUCAAUGGCCUUGCUGACUGGCUGUAUGAAGAGGAGAUCCUGCAGACCCAAAUAGCCCACUGGUGGUCUCCAGACGGGCUGCGCCUGGCCUACAUGACCAUCAAUGACUCGCUGGUACCGAAGAUGGAAGUCCCAUUUUUCACGGGAACGCCAUACCCCACUAACCUGGAGUAUCACUAUCCAAAGGCUGGGGAGGAAAACCCUGUAGUGCACCUGUCUGUGGUGAGCCUCAAUGGUCCCCUGCACACCGUGGUGAUGAAGAAACCUGAUGACCCCCGAAUAGGGAGGGAAUAUUAUAUCACCAUGGUGAAAUGGGCCACCAGCACCAAACUGGCUGUAAACUGGCUGAACAGAGCGCAAAACAACUCCAUCCUGACACUGUGUGAGGCCACGACUGGAGUCUGCAUUAAGAAACAUGAAGAUGAGAGUGACAGUUGGUUGCACAGACAGAAUGAAGUGCCACUCUUUUCCCAAGACGGACACAAGUUCUUCUUCACCCGAGCAAUACCUCAGGGUGGGAGAGGAAAGUUUUUUCACAUCUCUAUGUCCACCUCGACGCCUAACACUAGCACAGACAUACUUCAGUCCCUGACAUCUGGGGACUGGGACAUCACCAGCAUCUUGGCAUACAAUCAUCAAAGGAACCUCAUAUACUUUCUGAGCACAGAGGACAACCCCAAACGACGACACUUAUAUAGCGCCGACACAAUCCCUCCAUUCAACCGCUGCUGCCUUUCUUGCGAGUUCAAGUGUGGCUAUGUGGACGUUUCAUUCAGCCACAAUAUGCAGUACUUCUUACUCAACUGUAAAGGCCCAGAUAUACCAAGUGUGGCUAUUUAUAGCACUAAGGACAAACAGAAGGUGUUCGACGUGGAGACGAAUGAGAAAGUAAAUGAGACGUAUAACAGCAUGCAGAUGCCCAGGGUGGAAUACAAGACCAUCACCAUAGACGACUAUAUUCUGACGAUGCAGAUUCUGAAGCCAGCUGGAUUCGUAGAGACUGCCCAUUACCCCUUACUGCUGCUUGUGGACGGUACGCCUGGUGGGCAGAUGGUAACGGAGCAGUUCCAGGUGGACUGGGCCACGGUUCUGGUCAGUAGCUUCAGUACCAUCGUGAUCCGCUUCGACGGCCACGGCAGCGGCUUUCGGGGCACCAACCUUCUCCACAAAGUCAGGAGGAAGCUGGGAAAGUUGGAGGAGAGGGAUCAGCUGGAGGCCCUCAGGUUCAUAUCCAAAGAGCCUUACAUCGAUAAGAAUCGAAUGGGAGUCUAUGGAAGGGCCUAUGGAGGAUAUUUAGCCACAAUGCUUUUGAGCUCUGAAGAGUUUACCCAACUUAAAUGUGGAACAGCAGUCUCACCCAUCACGGACUUUGAGCUAUAUGCAUCUGCAUUUUCAGAACGAUACCUCGGUUUAAAGACAGAUUCCCGAGUAUAUACGAUGACAAAUUUAGCACACAGAGCGGGUCAGCUUCUGGAGAAACAGUACUUGAUAAUUCACCCAACUGCAGACGAAAAGGUUCACUUCCAGCACACGGCCAAGUUUAUCAACCAUUUAAUCAGCGAGAAGGCCAACUACACUCUACAGAUCUAUCCAGAUGAAGGACAUUUCCUACACAGUGAUGGGACACAGCAGCACCUGAGCCAGUCUCUGGUCAACUUCUUUGAGGAGUGUUUCCGGGUGCCAGAGGUACUGACGGACGACCAGCAAGAAGACGAGGACGACAGUUAAGCCUGCUCCUGUGAGCAGCCACCCCUCCACCCACCCCACCUCCUCGGCCAGCUACUACAGCACAAUAUGCAACAGAUCUUUCAACCCAAUCAAUCCACGACCCCUGCACCUGUCCAACCUGAUUUUAGCUCUACUCUGAAGCGCAGCACCUGCAUGUGCAAAAGGGGCCUCGGUCUAUUUUCCCUCUCCUCACCUCGUGCGGACCAGGAAACCAGUCAGAAAGAUGUUGAAUAAAUCUCAGAUGUGGACAGUCAUAUCUCUCUGCAAUUGGAAUAAGUGGACUAGUACUCCCUCUGGUGGACAAAUAGAGGAUCAACAUAAUUUACAUUCAGAAGUGUCUCCAUUCCAAACCAGGUACAUUAACAGAGCGCUUUGCAGCACAAAUUAUCCCCCCGUGAAGAUCAGUUCAUUAUGUUGAGAUUUAACUUUUGGGCUGCCACUCUCUGAUAACCUUUGCCAACUGACUUACUGAUUAUUGUAUUCAUGAGUAUGAUUACUGCUACUUGUUUCUCAGAAAUUUCUCUGUUCAGUGUCUUACAAUAGUACUGUGUCUAUGAGUGGAUGUCUGGCUGCAUCAGUCCUUAGUUGCUUUACAAAACAAGGGCACAAUGUUUAACUUUGUGUUGUACUCCAGAAAAAAAGGUGUCUAUACAAAAAUGGUAUUUUCCCUCGUCAUAUAUCUGGAUUGACCUCUUCUUUUAGUCACUGUGCCUUACUGUGGGUGAAAUGUUCAUGUUAGGAGCCCACAUGAUGCUGAAAAUGAGUAAAUAUGGGUAGGCCUUGUCUGAACUGUGCAUUCCGUUGAUAACUCGAACACAGAUCAUGAUUUCAUUUUCCUGAAAGGAUAAAGUUUAAAAAAAAAAGGAGGUAUGGCACAUUGAUCUCGGAACAGGGAAAGAACUGAAUACAAAAUAAGGUGGCAUUAUACUGAUGAAAAUGUAAAGAAUAUAUAGUUUGCAAAUACAGUUCUUGAUAUUUACCUUCCAUACUGGUGAGUUAACUAUGCUGAUUUUUUUUCAUUAUUUUGUGAAUUUCUUUGACUUGUGUUCUAAAUGGCUUGACUCUCUCCCCAUGUCACUUCUGUUAGUAUUGUCAGUGGUUUCUAGUCAGCUGAUGUACAAAGUGUAUAAAUCUUAUAUUGUUUAAGUCUUCAUGUUGUAUGUGCAACUUGUAUAUAAAGCAUUUUGAAAUGUA